AUGGUGGAGGAGCCAGCGAGCCUUGAGGUGGAAGCGGAGACGAAAAAUUCGCAGGAUAAGACAAACCAGCAGAUGCCGGAAGGGGAGGUUGAAGAACCUGGUGAUGAAAUGGACAACGAUGAUGGUGGCCCGGAAAACAACAAGAAUGGCGGAAAAAAUAACAAGGAUGACGAUCCCGCUGUGGGUGGUUCGAGUGAGAGCGUAAAAGGGAAGGGUGGUGAUGAAAUGGACAACAAUGAUGGUGGACCGGAAAACAACGAGGAGGGCGUGAAAAAUAACGAGGAUGACAGUCACGUAGUGGGUGGUUCGAGUGAGAGUGUAAAAAGGAAGGGUGGUGAUGAAAUGGACAACAAUGAUGGUGGACCAGAAAACAACGAGGAGGGCGAGAAAAAUAACAAGGAUGACGGUAACGUAGUGGGUGGUUCGAGGGAGAGUGUAAAAAGGAAAGCAUAA